AUGCCCGAACUUUCAAACUUCACUUCUCUCGCAUUUGAGUGGAAACAAAUGUCUCAAUCAUUAUUUGAUCCGGCUCGCCAAUGGCUCCAGGGCCGAGACUUUGCUGUUGGCGACGCGCUUCGUCAACAAGGCGUUACGGCUAAACACCCAGUGAUAAUUGUUCCAGGAGUUGUUUCUACUGGGCUCGAAUCCUGGUCCACUUCUCCAGAGUAUAGGAGUUACUUUAGGAAGCGCCUAUGGGGCACCACCACAAUGAUACGCGCCGUGCUCACUGAGAGAGACAAAUGGAUAAAGGCUCUCUCCUUAGAUCCCAUAACAGGUUUAGAUCCCUCUCCAGACAUUAAAGUCCGUCCUGCCCAAGGCAUCGAUGCUGCAUCGACAUUUGUCCCAGGCUACUGGAUAUGGACAAAAGCCAUCGAGAAUCUUGCGGCCAUAAAUUAUGAUAGUAAUAAUCUCAUGUUGGCGGCAUACGAUUGGAGACUUUCGUACUAUAAUAUGGAAGUGAGAGACGGUUUCUUCUCAAGGCUUAAACUCAGCAUAGAACACUUUAAGAAACGCGAUGGGAAAACCGUGCUGGUCGGUCAUAGUAUGGGCGCCACGGUAGUUUUUGUUGGUAUCUUUGACUGCCCCAUUUACCUCUGUCUAACCGAUUCUAGCCUUAAGUGGGUUGAAGCUGAAGGCUUCGGAGACGGUGGCCCGCGUUGGGUGGAAGACCACAUAGAAGCCCCGAAAGCUAUGACUGCAUUCAUGUCGGGUGAGAUGAAGGACACUGUUGAGAUGAACCCAGCCGGGACAUACGUCUUGGAGAAGUUUUUUUCUCGCAGAGAACGCGCUAGUUUGUUCAGAGGGUGGGCAGGAAGUGCAAGUCUUUGGAUGAAGGGUGGCGAUGUCAUCUGGGGAAAUGCGACUCACGCUCCAGACGAUCUGCCAAAUAUGAACCACACUUAUGGACAUUUUUUCUCUUUUAGGGCUCUAUCGUCCAGCCUUCAUCCGAGCGCUAGUAAUCUUACGUCCACGCGAGCUGCAGAGUACAUUCUCGAGCAUGUCCCAGAGACGUGGCAGAAAAUGUUGUAUUCGAAUUAUUCUAAUGGCAUAGAGAAGGACGAAGGUAAACUCAAAGAGAACGGGAAAGACUUCAGAAAAUGGACGAAUCCACUGGAGAUUCAACUCCCCAAUGCACCAAGCAUGAAGAUGUACUGUGUUUACGGACACGGGAAGGACACAGAGCGUUCGUACUGGUAUGCCCGCGGUCCCUACCAUAGACUGAAAGGUUCUCCGGUGGACACGGCGGGCGCUGUGUGUCUUAAUGACACGGAUUGUACUCCGGGGUUACAAGGGGGGCUUCGCGGCAUCGACUUGCGACCGCCAUUGGAUCUACCCCUCGCCAGGGAGAGCUGGAUUGACAGAGUGGUGAAUAUCGACAACGAGCAGGCGAAGGUUCGCAUGGGAGUUCGCAUUGGGGAGGGCGACGGGACUGUGAGCUUGAUUUCUUUGGGUGGCAUGUGCGUGGAGGGAUGGAAACGAAAGAAAUGGAAUCCUGGCGGUAUUCAUGUUAAAACGAUAGAGCUGUCCCAUCGGCCAGAAGAUUUUGACCUGAGAGGUGGUGCAACGACGGGCGAUCAUAUUGACAUUUUGGGGUCUCGAGGAUUGAAUGAGAUUCUGCUAAAGGUUGCCGCUGGGUAUGGGAACGAGAUAGAGGAUUCAUUCGUUUCGGAUAUUCGACGAUAUGCAGAGCGCAUCCAAUGGGAUUGA